AUGAAGUCCAUCAACCGGUUCUUUUAUGGCCCGACACCGGAAGAGCGAGUACGCGAGUGGCGACAGAAGCUGCGUGGCGAGGAGCGCAAGCUGGAUCGUGAGAUCCGUAAUCUCGACCUUGCCACGUCCAAGUCGCGCUCUGAACUGAAGCAGCUCGCGAAGCGGAACGAUGUGAAGAGCGCGCGCAUCCUAGCGAAGGAUAUCGUGCGCUCGAACAAGCAGCGCGACCGCCUCGUAUCAUCCAAAGCGCGCCUGAACUCGGUUCAGAUGCAGCUUCAGCACCAGCUGUCCAUGGUCAAGGUCACGGGCGCAUUCCAGAAGUCGACCGAGAUCAUGAAGUCGACGAACGCACUCGUCAAGUUGCCCCAGCUCAAUGCGACUAUGCGCCAGAUGUCCAUGGAGAUGAUGAAGUCCGGAAUAAUGGAGGAGAUGAUGGAGGAGACGAUGGAGGGGCUCGACGACGAGGAGCUCGAAGAGGAGGCCGACGAGGAGGUCGACAAGGUCCUGUUCGAGCUCACAGACGGCAAACUCGGUCAGGCCGGUCGUGUCGGGGGCGAACUUCCGGCGGACGCGGAAGACGAGGCCGAGAACGAGGCCGAGAUGGCGCGCAUGCAGCGCGAGAUGCAGGACCUCCUGAGUGGAUAG